AAGGGGGUAUUGGGUGGGGGGGUUAUGUAAAAAAACUGAGUGUGAGAGAAGGAAGAUUUAGUGUAGAACAGAAACAGACAGGCAAAAGAGGAAGAGCCAGAAAGGGGAGGGAGUAAAGAGAGCUACCUCAUCUUGAGCUGCCAGUACACACGGUGCCGGGGAGAAGUUGUGGGAAAGUAAACAGCACAGGAGAAUUCAAAUCUGUGUUCUAUCACUUGCAGCCCUCAAAGGAGACUAUAGAGAUGGGAGUGCUGUUGUAAAAACUGACUAUUUAUGGGAUGUUUCUAGGAUUAAAGGGUCACCAGGGAGUGCCUGAAGCUUCUUGGAGGACAUAGCCUGCUGUUACUGACAAGAAGUGAUGUCGGCUACAAUAUCUCACCAACCACCCAAAGAAGACGAAGAGGAGGACGAUGAAGAGCAAGGGGAAGAGUUUACAUUUGAUGACAGCACAGAUGAGGAAAAAACCCAGCAAGAUAGUAAAGACAUCACCUCAGAAAGUAUUACUCCUGUCCAUGUGUCAAAAGACGACUACAAUGGGGCAUCAGAUGUAGCUGCAGACGGCACACAGCUUAUUAAAUUUACAGCUUCUGCUGAACCAGAGUGCAUUGUGGCUUCAAAUCCCACCACAGAUGUUCCAGCUGCUGAGUCACAAAAUGAGGCCUCAGCAACAGCAUUCCAGCCUGGUGCGUCAGCUCCUUGUGUGGGAGAGGUGAAUCCUGUGGUGCUGCUGUCUAAUUCAGGAGAGUGCAGCAAAGAAACCAUUCAGGAAAGCUCUGACUCGAGGGACGUCACUGAAGACACAGAAUCAGGAGCACCUGAGGCUUCUUCAGAUGUGAUCUAUGAUGACGUUGCCAGCGAGGAACCUCUUUCUCCCGAUGAAGACAUGAUCUAUGAAGAUGUCCAGAGAGAUGGCGGUACUCUGGAGAGAAACAAUGGGUGGAGCUCCAGCGAGUUUGAGAGCUAUGAUGAGCAAUCUGAUAAUGAUGCCAAGCUGCCGGCAAGAAGCAAGCUUUCACCUGAAGUGCUUCGGUUGAGGGAGCGGUGCGCCAGGACCAGGCGCGAACUUGCUAUGAGGCUGCCUGGAAAGCACAACUAUGACAUUAAGGUUCAGCAGCUCAUGAGGGCAGCGAGGACGGGAACGAAGGAUGGGCUCGAGAGGACCAAAAUUGCCGUCAUGAGAAAGGUGUCAUUCCUGCAGAGAAAAGAUCAACUGGAAGAGGAGGAUGAUGCUGGUUACCUGGAUGUGGCUGUGUCAGAACUGAAGCAUCCUCCCCCGCAGCUGAGCCCCAUGCCAGAAGGGCUGACCAACCACCAGGUUGUCAGGCGCCAUAUCCUUGGCUCCAUCAUUCAGAGCGAGCGGAGCUACCUGGAGUCUCUCAGGAGGAUCCUGCAGGAGUACCAUAGACCAUUGAUGGAGGCUGAGCCACGCAUACUGAGCCCGAGAAAGAUCCGGCCCAUUUUCUACCGAGUCAGAGAGAUCACACAGUGCCACUCCAUGUUCCAGAUUGCUCUGGCUUCCCGUGUGGCAGAGUGGGACAGAAGUGAGAAAAUCGGGGACUUGUUUGUUGCCUCGUUUUCUAAGUCCAUGGUCCUGGAUGUGUACAGUGAAUACGUGAACAACUUCACCAAUGCAAUGGCUCUCAUUAAAAAGGCAUGCAUGUCCAAACCGGCAUUCUUGGAAUUUCUAAAGAGAAAACAGGCCUCCAGUGUCGACCGGAUAACUCUGUAUGGACUGAUGGUGAAGCCCAUUCAGCGAUUCCCCCAGUUCAUUUUGCUCUUGCAGGACAUGCUUAAAAACACACCAAAGGGCCAUGUGGAUCGUCUUCCCCUGCAGCUCGCACUGACAGAGCUAGAGACGCUGGCUGAGAAGCUGAAUGAACAGAAAAGAGUAGCUGACCAGAUUGCGGAGACUCAACAAUUGGCCCGCAGCGUCAGUGAUCGCCUGCUCAGUAAGCAACUGAGCUCGGAGCAGAGGUCACUGGUCCUUUGUGAGACACUUAUUGAGACUGUUUAUGGAGAGCGGGGACAAGUCCUGAAGUCGAAGGAGAGAAAGGUCUUCCUUUUUGAUGAUGUGCUCAUCUGUGCCAAUAUAAAUGUCAAAGGACCUCCAGAUGUUAGCAGCCUUGUUCCCAUUGGUCCCAAGUACACCAUGAAGUGGAACGCCCCCCUUCAGCAUGUGCAAGUGGUAGAGGUUGGCCUGGACAACUCCCAAAGCAAAGACACUUUGAUUCAGCAUAGUGGGCCUAAGAGGCCAAGUGGUGCCUGCAAUUCAGGAAAAGCUCUCCUCGGUCCUCCACGGCUGUACCAGGAGCUGCAGGAACUUCAGCAUGACCUAUCAGUUGUGGAAGAGGUUACUUUGCUUGUGGGGACUCUUCAAGGGACAUAUCAGAACCUGAACACCACUGUGUCCCAGGACUGGUGUCUGGCUCUGCAGAGGCUUAUCCGCAUCAAAGAAGAACAAAUCCAAUGUGCUAACAAGUGUCGCUUACGCCUGCAGGUGCCCGGCAGGCCAGAUAAGUCUGGCCGUCCAGUUAGUUUCAUGGUGGUCUUCAACACCCCCAACCCCCUUAGUAAGAUCUCCUGGGUCAACCGACUGCACUUGGCCAAGAUUGCACUACGAGAAGAGAAUUCACCAGGUUGGCUGUAUGGAGAAGAUGAAGGGAAGACAAUAGUACCAUUUUCAUGUCCGCUGCUUGCCUGUCACAUGCCUGUUUUUGCAACGAGGUCACCAGAGAGAAAGCUAGAGACUGCCCUUCACAACCCUGUUAACUGUGCAUUGUUGGGCUUCUCUGCAGCAAGUACCUCUUUACCUCAAGGCUAUCUCUGGGUGGCUGGUGCGGGUGAAGCUUUUCAAGGCCAUAUAGAGAUUUUUUCCCUCAACAGGCCAACCCCGAGGGCUGUAAAGAGCCUACAAAUAAGUUCUGCUGUUAGAUGCUUGGAGUAUGUUCAUCCACCUUCGCCGACAGAGGAAGAUGAUGCAGGAGCUCACAAGGCUUCCAUAGGGACUGGUACCAGCAUUUGUGUUGGAUUAGAUGAUGGCCGGAUUCUGGUCUAUGGGAGUGCAGAUGUAGCAGCCCAAUACUUGCUGACCCUCCACAACCCAGACGGCAGUCCUGUACUGUGCCUGAAGCACUCCUCUCGCUUCCUGUUUGCAGGGUUGCGCAAUGGAAAGGUGAUGGUGUAUGGCAGAAAUAACAAUGAUGAUCUUUGGGAUCCUGAUUCUCCACGAUGUAUAAGUUUGGGAGUAGAGCCAGUUCGGACUUUGCUGGUGCUGGAUGAAUCUGUGUGGGCAAGCUGUGGGAACUCUGUCACUGUCAUGAAAACACCUACCCUCACCACUCAGAAAUUUGAAGUCCAUCCAGACCCAAUGGUCAGUGUUGCACACGUAGCCUGUGCUGGUGGAGGUGUGUGGAUGGCCUUCUCAGAGGGCUCCUCUAUCCGGCUUUUCCAUACAGAAACACUGGAACUUCUGCAAGAAAUCAACAUUUCUACACGUUCGAGGCUUCAGAACACUGGUCAAAAGAACAUGCGGGUGACAAGUCUUCUAAUUUGCCAAGGGUUGCUAUGGGUUGGAACAGCCCAAGGCUUAAUCAUCACUCUCCCAGUUCCCAAACUAGAGGGUAUCCCCAAAAUAACAGGGAAAGGGAUGAUGUCCCUAAAUGCUCACUGUGGACCAGUGGACUUUCUGGUGGCCACCAUCAGCACUCUGUCUCCAGAUCUGCUCAAAAGGGAUUCUGUUGGGGAUGGGCCAGAUUCUGCCUGUGGAGUUGAGGAUCGAAGUGACACCUCCUCUCAGGAAUCCUUGCAACCUUCCAGUUACUACAAAGCAGAAGAGAAAGGCAAAGGAAGGGGCAUUCUGCUGCAGUACAGGCUCCGCUCCACGUCAGGACUACCAGGACGGCCGCUGACAGCACAAGGCGAUGAGGCAUCCGACUCCUCCUUGGAGUCUUUGGAGCACAGUGUAGAGGAUGGAUCUAUCUACGAGCUCAGUGAUGACCCGGAAAUGUGGGUUCGGGGACGUCCAUCUGAGAGGGACGCCAUGCGUAGGGAUAGGGUGGUCUCUGCUGCAGUCAUAUCAGGAGGUAAAGGCUUUCGGAGACUGAAGGAAGGAGCUGCAGCUGGUUCAAGGACAGGUGGAGACUCUUUAGAAAAUAUUCUUAUGGUAUGGCAGCUCCCUCUCACAGUGUGAUAUCGAAAGAAUACAAGAUGUGUAUUUCUCAAAGUCUUGACUCUGCCUUGAAUCGCCUGCUCCACAAAUGCAGCAGAUAUGAAUGUAUAAUAAUAUCAGAGCUUGACAUUUUAUCAUUGUAGCCUGUGGAAAAAGGAAACCAGGGCAUGUGUUUGUGAUGGACGCUAUCAGUUUAAAAAGAUGCUUUAAAUGUUCUGAAUUGUGUAUCAUCAUCCUGCCAGCGGUGGCAGAGGUCACCACAGAUUAGUUCCGUGCCAUCAUACUGAUCUGGUUUCUCCUCCCGCCAGACUGAUAAGCCUCACUUUAACCACAUCAAAGCUGCAUGUGCUCUGCCACAUUUAUUUUAUGCAGGGAACUUAAAAUAAGAAUGUCCAUGGACAGCACUCCUUUGAGAAGAAGCGUUUGUUGAAUCUGACAUGCUCUGCAGAGUUAGGAAUGGAUGUGUUCUAUAUGUGAUCCUGUGGGAGAGAUCCCAUCUGUUUUAGAGCUAGAGGCUGAAGGCAAACACUUUAUUAGUCUUGCCUGCCUUUUUUGUCAUCCCAUACAAUGUGAACAAAUAACACCUCCUAAUAUGUAUGAAAAUAAUGUCUGUGGAUUUCUCAUCCAGGAAAUCUUUUUGUUGAUGUGUUGCAGUAUUUAACGGUGACAAAUGUUUUGCUCUGAAUAGUUUUUCCAACCUUUUUUUAUUAUUAACAUGUCAGUACACAUUUUAAGUACUUAUGCUGGAACUCUGUUCUACAGUUAUCUCAUCACAGUCUAAAGAUCUUUUAUCAAAGAGCACUUUUAUAUUCCAGAUUUUAGAGUCCUUUCAAAGUGUUAAAGCAUAAUAGCAGCAUUUAUAACUGUCCACGAACUAGAAAAGUGAUACAAAUGCACACUCAAACCUGUUUUCCCAACACUAAGGUUAAACAUCAAAUGUAAGCUAAACAUCAAAAACUAGACAUGAAUGAAACAUUGUCGACCGCUAAAAAAAUCCUAAAUGUUUUGAAUUAACAGUGUGAUUUUACAGGCUUAUAUAUUCCGACAAACAUGUAAGCAUCAUAUCUAUUGCUUGUGAUAUCAAUCAUGUUAUACGACAUGGAAUUCCAUUAGGCAUUUCAAUACAACCACUAAUUUUUUUAUUUUACUGAGGAUGUAUUCAUCCCAACACAAAACAUAGCCAUUACUCACCUAAAACACGCUUUCAUCUGUUAUUGACCUGCUAAAAAUAUAAAUAAGGAUUGAAUGAGGAAUUUGAAUACUAAAGGUACUGUUUGUUCUUUUUAAAACUUGUAGGAGGACCUUGCAUUCUCCAAACAACUGGAAGAAUGUCAAAUCAAAAGUGGUAUGAAAGGAACUCAGUGGUACAGCGCAACUUUGAAAAGGUUAUCCUUCAAAAUGUUUUACUUGCAGUUGUGGUAGCAUUAUAAACCUUGUAGCAUGAACCCCUUAGCCCUAUAUUCAGACUAAAGCUGAAGGUGCAUACUUUCUAAAAUGUAUUUAUAAAGUUGUUUUGGCACAGCCAGUGGAGGCCGCUUAGGUUUUCAGCUUUACACAAAACUUUCCACAUCCAGUAAACCAUGUGGAUAAUUACAGGAGAUUGUUUGGUUUUCUUACUCAUUUAGCACAGUCCCUCUUUUGUUAGGAGAAGUUUAUUUUUUCCACACUUGCUAUGAUUCCUGAUUUAACUUAAAAUCAAUGCUCCCUUACUUAAUUUAACCAAUAAUACGGACAAUAGGAAAAAUAAAACGAGGUUAAAAAAUACAUAUAUUUCAUAUUGGGCAGAUUGAAGUUUACUUUGACAUUUUCACCGAACUGUUAAAGCUUUAAAAGCCUUAAAUAUCUAGUUAAGGAAAAUAAUUUAAACAUUAAAACUCCCCUUUAAUCUGUUAUUUUUAAUUAGAACUACAUGCCCAUACAUCAGAUGGGAUGGUGGCCAGAGGGCAUAUGUAUGUUUUAGCUUUUCCUGUCACCAUAGACUGGUUAUAUCUUUUUUUGUUUUGUUUUUUAUUUUUUUCAAUUUAUGGAGAAGAGUAUGGUUUUAUAAAUAUGAGAGCAUUCUUACUAAAUCUCUAUGUGAUAUGGACUGUUAACAUUUGGUUAUUGAGGUACUUUGAAUAUAUUCCCAUAUUCUUUUAAAAGAAUAUAUUAUUUCGGUGGAGUCAUCCAAUGACGGGUUUUUUUGACGGCAAAAGAAUUUUUACCCUUGCACUGGAUUUUUUUAUUGACAUGAAUUUAUUCCUAAAUGUUGAUUUUCAUGGAAACACUCAUUUAAAAAAUUUGCAGAUAUUUAUGCACUGAAUACUCAUUUAUUAACAAACUGUACUGUAACAUUAGUUGGGUAGCCUACUGUAACAAAUAAACUUAGAUUUGAAUUUAUAAGGAACAAAAGUGAUUUCAUCUUGAAUCAGAAAAUGGUGUGUUCUUGGCUUAUAUGUGUAUUAGUUUCUGGUAAGGUAGUACGAAAUGUGUCUAUCCUAUGACAUACAUUUCUGUUGAAGAUGACUGGAAAAGUAUCAAAACCUGCAACAAGGCAUCACAGAUCAAAGACUUUGGCUUGCAAAGUAUGCUGUAAUCAUUUACCCAUGCAGAUGCGCAUUUUUCUUGUGCAAUAAAACAUCAAGAGAAAAAUUAAAGGACAAA